AUGAUGUCCCUCACAAACUUCAUUCUCUUCAUCCUGGCUUUGCUCUCCGUUGUAUCCUCUCAAUCCCUGGAGAAGCACGGUUCAACAACUGGCCUUGGAAAUGUGGUCAUAGUCAACAACAUGGGUACCACUCUCUACUUGUGGUCAGUAGAUGAAAACGAAGGUCCAAUGCACGCAGUUGUUCCAGGCGCCUCGUACCAAGAGACAUUUCGUCUGCGUCCCGAUGGCGGCGGCAUUUCCAUCAAAGUCAGCACAUCCCAGGACAUUAACGGUGAUAUAAUCCAGUUUGAGUACACCCAGGCUGGGGAGAAAAUAUUCUGGGACGUGUCCUGUGUGAACACCAAGGCUGGGUCGCCGUUCUAUGACAAGGGCCUCAUUCUUUUGCCAGCAGACAUAAAUGGCUGUCCGCACGCUUUUGCCUGCUUUCGGGGUGAUUCCAAUUGCAAAUAUGUUUACCACAAGUCAAGCGACGACUAUGCAACCCAUGGCUGCCCUAUCAGUACUUCUUUCAACUUGAAGCUUGGCAUUUAA